AUGUCGUUGUAUCUUUCCUACGAAUCAUCUUCCGGGUUCAGCCUGCUCAAGGUAAACGGUAUCGAUGAGAUCGGACAGAACACGGAGGCGGUUCGAAGCUCCGUCUCGGACCUCAGUCGGUUCGGGCGGGUCGUCGAGCUCAUUGCUUUUCACCCUUUCGAGUCUGCACUCGAUGCUCUCAACCAAAUCAACGCCGUCUCUGAAGGGUAUAUGACUGAUGAACUGAGAAGCUUUCUGGAAUUGAAUCUUCCGAAAGUGAAAGAAGGCAAGACUCCCAAGUUUAGCUUAGGAGUCUCUGAGCCCAAAAUCGGUUCUUGCAUUUUUGAAGCCACCAAGAUUCCUUGCCAGAGCAACGAGUUUGUCCUUGAGCUUCUCAGAGGUGUGCGCCAGCAUUUUGACAGACUCAUCAAGGACCUAAAGCCCGGUGAUCUGGAGAAAGCGCAACUUGGACUAGCUCACAGCUACAGCAGAGCGAAGGUGAAGUUCAAUGUGCACCGUGUGGAUAACAUGGUGAUUCAAGCUAUUUUCUUGCUGGACACGCUUGAUAAGGAUAUCAAUUCCUUUGCCAUGAGAGUCAGGGAAUGGUACUCAUGGCACUUCCCGGAGCUAGUCAAGAUAGUCAAUGACAACUACCUUUAUUCUCGAGUUUCAAAGAUUAUUGAAGAUAAGUCAAAGCUCUCUGAAGAGCAUGUUCCAAUGCUUACUGAAGUCCUAGGGGAUGAAGAUAAGGCAAGAGAGGUUGUCGAAGCUGGAAAAGCAUCUAUGGGCCAGGAUUUAUCGCCGAUUGAUCUGAUGAAUGUCCAGACCUUUGCUCAGAGAGUUAUGGACCUGGCGGAUUACAGGAAGAAGCUCUAUGAUUACCUUGUUGCUAAAAUGGGCGACAUUGCUCCAAAUCUUGCGGCCUUGAUCGGAGACAUGGUUGGGGCAAGGUUGAUUUCACACGCGGGAAGUCUGACAAAUCUUGCCAAGUGCCCAUCUUCAACUCUCCAGAUUCUUGGUGCUGAGAAGGCACUUUUCAGGGCGCUGAAAACACGUGGAAACACACCCAAGUACGGUCUUAUAUUCCAUUCUUCAUUCAUCGGGCGUGCAUCUGCUAAGAACAAGGGCCGUAUUGCUCGUUACCUUGCAAACAAGUGUUCCAUUGCUUCCCGAAUUGAUUGUUUCGCUGAUAGCAGCACUACAGCUUUUGGUGAGAAACUCCGGGAACAAGUGGAGGAACGACUAGACUUUUAUGACAAAGGUGUUGCCCCACGUAAGAAUGUUGACGUAAUGAAAGAAGUCAUUGACAAUCUUGAAAAGAAAGACGAGGGAGAAGUAACAGCAGUGGAGGGCUCAGAGAAGAAAAAGAAGAAAGAGAAGAGAAAGACAGAGGAGAAAGAUGAGGUAGAAGAAGAAGAGGAGAAGUCGAAGAAAAAGAAGAAGAAAAGCAAAGCAGCGGAAGAGGAAUUGACGACAGAUAAUGGUAACAGCAAGAAGAAGAAGAAGAAAACUAAGUCACAAGAUGACGAAUAG